AUGUCCUUCAUGCCGUCCUUCUCCCAGGACGGGAGGGUCUACCGAGACGAAGACUUCUCCGGGACGUCCAAGCUGGAUCGCCGAACCACUCGACCUCUUCCGUCAGAGGGCAUCUCGACGCUCCCUGAGAUACAACUGGUAGACUCGAGGCCCAUGGCGUCCAGUUCCGCAGUGCCGCAGCGACACCUGGUUUUCCCAGAUCCGAUCGCUUUCAAGUAUCUCGAAAACGACCCGUGCGUGGAAGUGGUCCAGCGACGAAGCGUCCUCUGCGGCUACGACCUGUAUCUUGUCGAGCAGUGGGCCUGCUCCAGGAAACCACCGACUCUGGUUAUAGCGACCUACACCGGUAACGACAAGGAUUCCAUCGUGGUUGGGGUGCUGGCGGUGCCGGCAGACGAGAGCCUAUUGUCCGAAGAAGUCCGAUUAUACCUAAAGAAGACGGAGCAAAACCAUGCGCGACCAAAGAAUACCGAGCUAGGAGAGCUCAUGAUCACGAACCUCAGCAGUUUCCCUUCGUCGCUCACCGUCAUCGCAGUGCCUGAUGGAGAUCUUCGGAAGCACCGUCACUUGUUUAUUGUGAAUGAAGAUUUGAAACGGCUGGGAUGUUCAGGGCGAUCUGGUCUCACGCUUACGGAACCCACCGAAGCGACGCAGUCCAAAUUCCAGCAGCUGUACAGAACCAGUGAUCGAAUCCCAUUCAAUCAGUCGGUGGUGGAACUCAUCAAGCUUUGCCAGGUGGCCUUGUUCAUGUUCGACAAGUUGGAUCACGCAUACAUCGACGGUCUGCUUUGCGAUGUCACGGAGAAGGCGAUUAGCAACUGGUGGACCGAGGUUGGGGCUGAACACUACAACUAUGAACCGACAGAUGGGAUUUUAGGGCCAUCGACAGUUGCAGCUCUGUUAGGGAUGCUAUUGGGCGCGAGGAACCGGCUGCAUUCCCAAGGUGCUCCUGUAACAAAGGACGUCUUUGAUCUCGAGAGCACCAAACGGGGCAUUUCCUACUUUCAAAAGGCCCUGAAGCUCGAAAGGACACGGCGAUUAGACCAGCAAACACUCUUCAAAUUGCACACGGCAACCACGAAAGCGGCGGUCAAAGAAGACUGGGGUGUGCAAAAGGCCAUCAAGUCGACGGUUACAGAAAUUGGAGGUAAAAGGGGAGAGAUUGUUAUCGACAUGGUGUCUGGAAAAGACAAGGGUGGUCUUGCCGAUAUUGAAACCGUGGACAUUGUCAAAUUUGCCAGCUUGGCAUAUGGCGAAAGGCCAAAGUGGCUUUGGCAUGGCAAACCGCGCCGGACACCUCUUGAACAUCAUGACCAAGAUCAAGAUGUAGUUCCGCCGCUACCAAAGACGGAAGCAAGCAGCCAGCCCGGAAAACGAACGCACUCCUUACCAGUGGAGGAUGAGUUGGAAAUGAAGCGGAAAGAUGAGCUGCUUUCUCCAGAUGUUGGGACUACUCUUCGACCAACUAUGAGCAUGCUGGAGGGCCCAGGAGAAAGAGACGCGCUACACAAAACUGUGUUCAAGAGCGUUGCCGGGAAAAUGAGCGAUGCUCGAUCAGGCUUUGGGCGUUUUAAAGAUGUGGUUGGUGCUAGGGGACGAGGCCAUGGAACGCGGCUGUCCAUCUCAACUAAGGAGGAUGUCUUGGAAAACGGAAACGGAUCUGCCAACUAUCAGACUCUUAGCAUUCCGCCGAGCCCUGCCGCUGUGGUUAGCCGAGCCUUUACUUGGAAGACGAAGCCGGAAGAAUAUCUCUCUGCUAUCAAGAGGGGAGACCCUGACGCUUUGCCUGGACUUGUGGCGGUGUCUUCGCCCUCGUCAACGGCGGACUUGAAAGCUUCGAGGCUGCUCGAAUAUGAGAGGAAACCAAGAGAAUCGGAUAGGUCGUUGGAAAAUCUCGGUCCGGACAUGUACCAGUACUCGCACCGCCGGACCGCCUCGGCCGUACCAUCAAUCGGUGAUGAGAGCGAUAUCGAAAUCAUCUGUCCUGGUAUUAGGGAAAGAUCAGAUUUACGGCAGCUGGCACUAUCAAGACGCCGCAGUUGUGAUGUGGCAGAGCUAUGCUCAAGGAGAGUACUCGAUGAGAAUAGGUGGGCACGUCGAAUGUCGUUUGGCGAUGCUGAAGAGGCUGUCUUGUCUUGGGAUGAACUCGUCGACUUAAUGGACGAGACAGAUGAUGAAGAUGAGGCUGAAGCCCGAGCUGUGCACGCUCGUCAUCUCGCUCAAUACAUUGAUAACAUUGUAUAUGGCAUCGAACCCUGGGUCAACGACAAGAUCAAGUUCGUCCAACUGCUUGACGACAAAUAUAGCAGAGACAAGGCGGAGAUACAGAAUCUGCACCAUCAACUCAGCGAGAUCUAUCAUCGAGUAAAGUACAAUUCGGACGAAAUGCUAGCGGAAGAACGUGCAAGCCUGACGGAGAGCGUCAAGGAGAUUGAAAUUCUUACGGCACGCCUCGAUUACGAGAUCAACGCUUUGGUGCAGAAAAUCAACGACGUGGAAGACGGCAUCCAAAACUUUGAGAGACAGGUUGAAGACGUCGAAAGACGAGCGGACGAACUGAGAAAGCAGCUCGAGACGGAAAGCUGGCUGCAUUGGUUUGUGAGAACCUUGACCGGCGUGGGGACCGGGCCCCAUAUCACCAGGUCUGUAUCAUGA